AUGACGAACCUCGACGGCAUCGUGAUAGGGAUUUUAUCGUCCUUUGGCUCCGCCAUCCUCAUAGCUCUAAUCUUCCUCGUCGUCUACUUUUUCCGGUACACAACCUCCGGUCGCAUCUUCCUCGAUCGGAUCGGUCGGCCUGGCGAAUAUGACGAUGAGCAAGCAUUUGCCAGGGAGGAGGCGGAGGCGCUGGAGUCGAUGGAUGACUUGCAACGGACAGAAUACCUAAGAGCAAAAGCAUUCAUUCAGGCCAACCCUCCCGAGUCCCUCCAAACGGAUAUUUCCUUGUCGCAAUACCUAGCCAUACAGGAGAAGGGCGUGUCGGCAUGGCAAUUUGAGCCCGAACUAGAAAUCGCCAACUGUUUCGUCGAAGGCAGAACCGAAAUCGAGUUCUUCGACUCCGAAUGCACCGUCAUGAGCAACUUGCCUGUCCCGAAACAGAACGAGGUGUACUACUGGGAGGCCAAGAUCUAUGACAAACCCGAAACUACGCUGCUGAGCAUCGGCAUGAGUACGAAGCCGUACCCGUUAUUUCGCCUUCCAGGGUACCACAAGUAUUCCAUAGCGUACACUUCUGUAGGCGCUCGCCGAUACAACCAGCCUUUUUCGGCAACGCCCUACGGGCCGCAAUACGUCCAGGGCGACGUCGUCGGCGUCGGUUAUCGUCCCCGAACAGGCACAAUCUUCUUCACUCGCAACGGAAAGCGGUUAGACGACGUGGCCCACGGUCUGAAAUCCCAAAAUUUCUUUCCGUCUGUCGGCGCGAAUGGACCCUGCGCUGUACAUGUCAACUUUGGUCAGGCCGGGUUCGUGUUCAUCGAGGCGAACGUGAAGAAAUGGGGCUUAGCACCGAUGACCGGCAGUCUAGCACCGCCGCCCCCUUACGGAAGUGAACAGGGAAGUAUCUUGCUCGAAUCGGGACGAAGGAAGGACGAGUAUUCCGGGUCAUCAUCCGGAGGUCAGGGUUUUACUCAAUCCGUUCAGAGGUUCGCUCGCACCGGCCCAGCUUUAGAACCGGGACACUCGCGGACGAGAAGUGGAAGCUAUAGAGUAGUCCCCCCGACGAGUCCGGGGCCGCAGCGCAGUCCUACCGACAUCUCCCUUGCGCAGCUAGUCCCUUCAGAUGAAGUGGGCGAAGCCAGCAGUAGUGUACAUGCCACCGAUGCUUCCGGGGACCACGUUGUAGAUGUCGUCGGCUUAGGUCUCCAGGAAGCGGCUCACCCCCCGCCCGAAUACACCAGCCCGGAACAUUCGGACGAGGAAGGCUCAGGUAGCGGUUCGGAGAGCGAUCGAACCCCGCUCAUCAGGUCGGGUCGCAGUCGCGGAGCAUCCGCAGCUACUCUACGGCCGAACAACCCGCCGAUUCCCAGUUAUAGUGACGCUGUUCGACAAGGCGCUGGUAGGGACAGGAGUCGUAGUGACAGCGCCAUGCCGAGAGAAAAUGGCGACUGA